CAUCGGCGACUAUUACAUCCUCUCCCCCUCUCCCCCUCUCAUCCUCUCUUUUUCCCCCCGCGAUCCAACCAGAGAAGGGGAAAAUGGAUCCCUCCUCGUACACUUCAGCGGUGCGUGAUCUGGUGGAGCUGAUUACUCGCGGAUGGCGAAUGGUGCAAGAAGAAUUGAAACUGGCUAAAGAUGCUGAAAGAGAGCUUCGUAUCCUCAUGGUGUUUAACGAAAUGAUGGGGCGUCUCCUCAAUGAAGCCUACUCGAAGGAGGUCACCGAUGAGCAGCUCAAACCGUACAUCAAGAGAAUAUGGGAGUUUUUCUUUGAUUCUGAAGACGCUAUCGAGGACUUUCGACGUGAAUCGAAGGGCAAGCGAAAAGGUCCUGCUUCCUCCUUCCGCCACCACCAGAAUAAGCGAACUUUGACUGUUGAAUCAAGAGAUAUCAAACAGAUGUGGAAGGAUUUCACAGCUGAUCUCGGGAUAACCGCUCCUGCAGAGACUUUUAAUGGAUUAACCAUCAACCAUGCCCAGCCGUCCAGCUCAGCUGGCCAUGGGUCAUCAUCCGACGCCAUUUUUGAUAAGACAGACCAUUUGGUGGGCAUCGAAGGGCCAAUGAAUAAGCUGGUUCAAUGCCUAACAGGGAAAUCUUCGAUGCCGAAAAUGAUUUUCGUGCACGGGGUGCAAGGAGUAGGGAAGACUAGUCUAGUGGCUGCCGUGCUUCGCAAUGAAAAUGUGAAGAGUCACUUUGAAUACUGUGUAUGGAUGGAUUUAGGACCCUGGGAGUUGGCCGACAAUACAGAGGCAGCGCUCAUGGCGGCAAAUACAACGAUGUGGACUUUGACCCAGGUGAACCGCCAAAGAAGCCUAAUUCAACUCGCAAAGGCUUUCGGAGACAUGAAGAAGAACGUCGGCUCGACGGCCAACAAGUUCAAUUGGGUUCUCGUCUUGGAUGACGUAGGCAGAGCGGAUGUGUUCAGGUCCCUCCGGAGUCAUUUAAUUGAAAAUCCUCCGACUGUGCUCGUCACAACUCGGGUCAGGAGCCUAAAAUCUAGCUCCCCGGAUUAUUUAAAGGCCCAAUAUGAUCUCCAUAAUUUCGAGCAUGUUGUCCUUUCCGAGAAUGAUUCUCGCUCUCUCCUUUACCGGGAGAUGGAGGAUCUUCAAUUAGAGUGCGACAGAUCUCCCAGUUUAAAAGAUGCUUCUGACCGCAUCUUAAGAAGAUGCCAAGGAUUGCCACUUGCGAUUCUGGCGACCUGUAGGCUGCUGAAAAGUAAUAAUCAGUUUAAUGUUGCAGCCACUCCCGAUGCUGUUCAAUGGACGGAUUGGAGUGGCAGGCUUGAGGAAAAACUGCUAUCCAGAGGGCACGUAGUUGCCGCAAGUGGAAGGAAGAUAAUUCUGCGCCUGAACCACCUUAUCGAUGAUGUCCGUGAUUGUCUUUUGUACUUGAGCAUCUUCCCGUUAGAUCGUCCCAUAAGGUGCUCCACAUUGACGCGGCUAUGGAUGGCAGAAGGAUUUAUUGAGCAGGAGGGUUCCCAGCCGGUUCAAGAAAAAGCAAUGGAAACCCUGGAAAAGCUAUUGGAGCAUAAUGUAAUUCGGGAAAAGAGAACAAGUUAUGGGAGGGUCAAAACCGGCCGCGUUCACAACCUUCUGCAUCAAAUCAUUAUUUCCAAGUUAAAAUAUGAAGCGUUCACGAUGAUUGUUGCUGACCCGGAAGAAAGAUUGCCUGAGAAUGUACGUUACCUAUCCUUUCACAGCCCUAUGGGCGAAAUAGAUAAUGGCACGUCCGUCAAACAACUUCGCUCCCUACAUUUCUUCGAAAAGGUGCACCCACCAUCCUUGAAAAAUCUAUUGGAGAAGGUUGAGAGGCUUAAGGUGCUAGAUUUUCAAAGAUAUUUGACCGGGGAGGAAAAAAAGUAUUUUCCAGCUUCUUUGAAUACUUUUCCUCGAAAGAUUCUCCGGUCAAAAUAUCUUAGGUACCUAAGUUUAAGGGGUACUGACAUAAAGAUUAUUCCAAACGAAAUAGAAGAUCUUGCAUAUCUGGAGAGUUUGGAUCUCAAAGGUACCCUCGUGGAUGAAUUACCUAAAGGUAUUUUGAAGCUAAAAGUACUUCGCCAUCUGUUAGUAUCCAGAUCCAACAGAAGUUGGGCUGCAGAUGCGGAUCCAACGCUUGCUGUCAGAUCCAACAGAAGUCUAGAGGUUGGUGUCAAGGCUCCAUCAAAAUUAGGAGACUUGACAUUGUUGCAGAAGCUAUGCAUGAUAGAGCUAAAAGCAGUUGAGGGGGGAAGUCAACACGAAAGAGAACAGUUGCUAGAAGAACUCAAGAAACUGACCAAUUUACAAAGGCUAGGUCUCUCAAUGCUGAAAAGUACAGAUGCGGAGCGUCUUUGCUCUUCCAUUGAGAAGUUGACAAAUCUAGUAGCAUUGCGUUUAAUUGCCGCACCAGAAGCGAAAAUAGAUCUUUCAAAAAAAGAUAUGAGGCAAGCACUCAAACGUCUUCAGCGGGUUCACUUGACAGGAUGCUUGGGAACUUUACCUGAGUGGAUACUCCGUUCUAAUAUUUUGGUCAAAUUGGUCCUCAAGAGGAGUGAAUUGACAAUAGAUGCACUCCAACAGUUGGGAAAGUUACUGAGUCUGGAGCAUCUGGAACUGGAACAAGCAUUUGAUGUAACUGACAUGAGGUUUGAGGUAGAGAAGUUUCAAAAACUUCGCUUUUUAGGCCUGGAUAGAUUUGACAAACUUGAAUCCAUACAAGUUGAUCAAGGUGCACUGCCGGCUCUGGAAAGGUUGUUCCUAGCUCAAUGCAAUUCAUUGACAACAGUGCCACCAUUUAUCACACAUCCCACAAAAUUGAAAUGCCUCGAACUUUAUGGUAUGCCCGAGGAAUUUGAUAAGGCGAUCAAGGUAUUCAUUGAAGAACUUCGCAAGCACAUGAAGGUUAAAUUUAAAGAAUGGAAAGAUCCAGCUCUAGAGGAAGUCCAACAGCUCCCAACGCGGGGCACAGGGAUCCGUUCGGUGCUUCGUCAAUGCAUGAAAUAGUUCCAUUGAAGGCUCCAGUGGCACUAGCAACGGCAAUACUAGAUGGGCAUGAUGAUUGCAUAUCCACAAGUCCAGCUUGAUAUGCGUCCAGAUAGUUGAUCUAAUGGAGCAUAAAGUCAUUCAAAACGGAUGGAAUCAGCAGCCCUACGAAAGAAAUUCGUUGUCUGCGUACUUUGCUAGAUGUGGUCUUCAUCAAGUUUGGAAUGCUUUGUUAUUUAUUUCUUGUGUGUGUCUUGUAAUUGUUCCGAAUAAAGAUGUCCAGGUGCAGCUGCAGCCUGCAGGUGCAGGAGGACAUAUGUGUGGGAUGUGUGGUAGUGAGUACCCUUGACGGUAUUCUUCGAGUGUGGUUAUCUAUUGUUUCGUUUUCAUUUUGAAUGUAAAAUAAGCUUGAUGCUUCACAUGCGUGCAACCUUUUGUGCGUCAUUGUGCAGAGAGCAAAACUUGAAUUUGAUGUUGUGAAGUGUUCGAUUGAAU